UUCAUAAACAGCUCGUCAACCACCUCGGUAGCUUGUUAGCCAACAAAGCCGAAAGAUUCAAGCUAUUUAUACGCUUUCGGUGUAAAUUAGCCACGGUGUUUUAGACACACUUCUGUCGUAUCUACUUGUUAACCUAUUUAAUUUAAUAUUACGUUAUUUUGUGUUAGUCAACUCUAGUAGCUGGCUGGUUAAGUUAGCACUAGCCUAGUCGCUAAUGAUAGCUAGCUAGCUAACAUCCCCGAACAUGAGCUCCCUAAACUUCUCCCCUCUUGUUAAAGAAGAGGCGGUCUGCUGGUCGAAGAAAGAAGGUCUGGGGCUGAACAUUGUCGUGAAAGAGGAGAAGGAAGAAGAGGAUGUUACAGUAAAACAAGAAGUAGAGUGUGAGGCUGUUACAGUGAAAGAAGAAGAGAAAGACGUUUCAGUGAAAGAAGAGGAAGACGCGUUCAGGGUGAAAAAGGAAGAGAAAGAGGAGGAUGCCGUUUUUGGAGUGAAGAAGGAAGGGGAGGAGAUGACUGUCACGUCCAAAAAGGAGAAGGAAACUGGAUAUCUGGGCCCGGUUUCCCAAACGCAUCUUAAGGCAUCCAAUUGUUCUAACAAUGAACUUAGCCGUAAGAUGGUUUUGAGAAACCGGGCCCUGAUUAACACUAGAGAGAGACGUGACUAUUGUGGAUCCUCUGGGGGGCCUCAACAACCUCAGGAUGCUGAUGAGGCAGAGAAGAGUUUCUCCACGUCAAAACACCUCAAGAAACACCAGCAGAGACCCACAGGGAAGAAAUCUCACUGCUGCUCUGACUGUGGGAAAGGUUGCAAAUCUUCAUCAGAACUUAAAGUACACCAGAGAACACACACAGGAGAGAAGCCUUAUAGCUGUAAUCAAUGUGGGAAGAGUUACUUAAGAUCAGAUUCACUAAAAGUACACAUGAGAAUUCACACUGGAGAGAAACCUUAUAGCUGUACUCAAUGUGGGAUGAGUUUUAGUCAGUCAAGCAACCUGUUAUCACACCAGAGAAAACACACAGGAGAGAAACAUUAUAGCUGUAAUCAAUGUGGGAAGAGUUUUACUACAUCAAGCCACCUGAUUCGACACCAGAGAACACACACAGGAGAGAAGCCUUAUAGUUGUAAUCAAUGUGGGAAGAGUUUUUCUCAGUCAAGCACCCUGGUAUCACACCAGAGAACACACACAGGAGAGAAGCCUCAUAGUUGUAAUCAAUGUGGGAAGAGUUUUACUCAGUUAAGCACCCUGAUAUCACACCAGAGAACACACACAGGAGAGAAACCUUAUAGCUGUGAUCACUGUGGGAAGAUUUUUACUACAUCUAGUGAUUUGACAGUACACCAAAGAACACACACAGGAGAGAAACCUUAUAGCUGUGAUCAAUGUGACCAGAGAUACUCUGAUAAAAGAUCUCUGAUUAAACAUCAGAAAAUACAUGAAGGAGUUGUUUCAUGAUAUCAAUGAAAUCAUGUCACAAUGUAGAAUGUUUUAACAUUGUAGUAGGAGUAUUUUAAUUAUGUCACAAUGUAGAACCCUAAAUGUUUGCCCACUGUUCUAUUGAUUUCAGCAUGAUAUGGAUAUUAGCCUCAGGGGGGAAAUCCAGGCUCUGAAUUGAAUGAUAUGGAUAUCAGUGGGAAAAUCUUUAUACUUUGUUCCGUUCAUCUUUCCCUCGAUCUUGACUAGUCUGCCAUUUCCUGCCACUGAAAAACAUCCCCACAGCAUGAUGCUGCCACCACCGUGCUUCACCGUAGGGAUAGUGCCUGGUUUCCUCCAGACAUGACGCUUGGCGUUCAGGCCAAAGAGUUACAUUUUGGUUUCAUCAGACCAGAGAAUGUUGUUUCUCAAGGUCAGUCCUUUAUGUGCCUUUUGGCAAACACCAAGCAGGCUGUCGUGCCUUUUACUGAGGAGUGGCUUCCCCAUGGCCACUCGAUCAUAAAGGCCUGAUUGGUGGAGUGCUGUAUAGAUGGUUGUCCUUGUGGAAGGUUCUCCCAUCUGCACAGAGGAACUCUGGAGCUCUGUCAUAGUGACCAGCGGGUUCUUGGUCACAUUCUUGAACAAGGCCCUUCUCCCCUGAUUGCUCUGUUUGAAGAGUCUUGGUGGUUCCAAACGUCUUCCAUUUAAGAAUGAUGGAGGCCACUGUGUUCUUGUGGACCUUCAAUACUUCAGCCAUUUUUUGGUACCCUUCCCCAGAUCUGUGCCUCGACACAGUCCUGUCUCGGAGCUCUAAGGACAAUUCCUUCGACCUCAUGGCUUGGUUUUUGUUCUGACAUGCACUGUCAACUGCGGGACCUUUAUAUAGACAGGUGUGUGCCUUCCAAAUCAUGUCCAAUCAAUUGAAUUUACCUCAGGUGGACUCCAAUCAAGUUGUAGAAACAUCUCAAGGAUGAUCAAUGGAAACAGGAUGCAGCUGAGCUCAAUUUUGAGUCUCAUAGCAAAGGGUCUGAAUACUUAUGUAAAUAAGGUAUUUCUGUUUUUCGCUUUGUCCUUAUGGGGUAUUGUGUGUAGAUUAAUGAGGAACAUAAUAUUAUUUAAUACUUUUUAGAAUAAAGCUGUAACGUAACAAAAGGUGGAAAAAGUCAAGGGGUCUGAAUACUUUCUAAAUGCUCUGAAUAUGCUGUUGGUUUACUGUUAGAAUAAGUUGUAUGACUACACCAAUACUGUUAAAUCAACAAUGCAUAUAGACCUAGAAAAUGCAUGGCCAACCUUGCUGCUAGAGAUCUAGCUACUAGGUGUGCAGGUUUCUGUUCCAGCCCUGCACUAACACCUGCCAUUGUGCUGAUUAUUUGGAUUAGACACUUCAACUAUUCAGUCAUGUCUUGUUUUGGAGUCAGAUGGAUGUCUAAACCCACUGCCCAUUUCCACAUGUGUUCUUUAUGAUAGGAAAUAAAAGACUGAUUCACAGAAUGAA